AUGGCAGCUAACAGAAGUCGUUCACCAACUUCAGCAAAUAAAACACGUCGUUUAGGUGAAAGUACUUUAAAGAAUUCAACCAAACAAAGUCUUCGCCUACAAAGUGCUCCACCAUUAUCAAUUCAACAUUUUGUACGGUACGCUUAUGGUGUAAGUCUUGGUGAAAAAGAAUGGAAACCGCCUGGUAAAUAUUGUCCACCUCCAUUUCGUUCUCAUUUCUCUCCUCAAAUUCGUGAACAAACAAGCCAGUCUGAACCUGUGUGGCAUCUACCUGGACCUUAUCAAGAUAAACGACCAAAAUCAUUUAGUCCAGCAAAGAAAAGAGAAAAAACGAUUCAAGAAGCUAUUUGGCAUCCACCUGGGCAAACUCGUGAGAAACCAGUACCACAUUUUGAUCCGCCUAAUUUAAGAUGGUCAGUUCAAGAAAUUGUACGAUCAAUGCCCAAUACAAGAUCGCAAUCACUUCAUACAUCUAGCAGUAUGUCAAUUCUACGAAACAAAACUAAACCUCAACCAGAAUAA